UGUAUCUGCUUCCCCAGAAAGGAGCUGUGCGAAGAAUCUUUGCCCUCUAGGAUAGAGAUGGUGAGUGUGGGAGUCAGCACAGAGCCCUGCCGUGCCAGGUGGAAGGUAGAGACAGAUGAAAUUGUCCUACAGCGGCGGCAAAAGCAGAUAGAUUAUGGCAAGCGCACACCUGGUUACCAGUGCUUUUUGCAGCAGGUCCCCAAGGCACAACGACAGCCAGGACUUCAUCCUCAAACACCAGACAAAAACAGAAGGUAUAGCCGCCGUUCCUGGGAUGCCCAGGUCAGGCAGUGGAGAAGAGCCCUACAUUCCUGGGACCCCCCGAGCCAGCCUCUGCAGUGCAGGGGGGAUGAGGGGCAGGGAAUGGAGAGUCUCUUAGAACCAAUGGAUUCCACCCCUUUGGGUGACCUCCUGAAUGACUGGCUCCAGCCCCUGGAAGCCUCAGAGAAUCUGGAUGGAGACCAGAAGAGAGGCCAGUUUGCAGACUUGGCUCCUCACUCGUCGCUUCCCUGGCUCUGUGAAGAUCAUACACACUGGUUCUACUUUCUAACUGAUCACAGUUACUUAUCUGUCCCACACUUGAGUGGGGUACAAAAUAUUUAG